AUGACAAAUCCUUUAGUAAGAUCAGUAAAUGAACUAAAGCAAAGAAUAGAUUACCAAAGAUCAAUAUGUCAACUAUAUAAAGAACUACUACAAAAAUCAAUACAAUUAAAAAAACAAUCAACACUACCUAAAAACAACAUUAUAUCACUAGAACUAAAAGUUGGAUUAUAUGUAAAUUUUACAAAAAGAUAUACAAAUCCAUACCUAAUAACUCAAGCACUACUCAAGGGUAUACGACUAAAUGAAUUACUAGAAGAGUCCAUUUCAACAAAAAAUUGGCAACCAUUACAAGACUUCAUAGAGCUAGAACAUGAAGAAUAUUGGAAAUGGCAACAACGAAGAACUUCAUAUUUACAAAACAUUGAAGAGUUGAAAGAUAAAACAAUAGACAAUUUAAGAGGUACUGCAAAAAGUUUGGCUUCCUCCAAAAGGAAAAGUCGAAAAGAAGAAAUAUCACCACCAACUAAUGAACUAGAAUUUAAUCAAUACACAGCUAAAGGUUUUGAGAAAGCAAAAUCACAUGGUCAAUCUUUAAUAUUGAGAUACUUAAAUCGACUUCAAUACGAUGGCAAGAUCCCCAACCCCCAUCUCCUACCAUACACUGAAGAAACUUUAGUAACAUCAGGAGACAACUAUGAUCAAAAACAUAUAAUAAAAGGUCUGACACAAAAGAUAAUAAACGAAGCAUUUGAUAAAGAAUACAUAGAAUCAAUAAUCAUCCCUGGUUUGGAGUAUGAAAUCAACAAUUUUGAGAUAGAAAAAUUAACAAAAAUCAUAAAUGAAAAAGGUCCAUAUCAAGCAGUAGCCAAACAAACGAAUGCAGGAAUAGUAUCCAUGCCUUUUAUACAAACCCCAUUUCAUGAUGCCAAAUAUAGAAAAAAAUUAGCUCAUCUAAUUAGACAACAAAUUAAAUGGUUUAGAAUUCGGAAAUGUUGGGAAACUACUGAGAAUUUAAAUGAAGAGAAUUUACACCCAGAUGGAUCUUAUUCGAUAAAGGGAUGUCGUGGGUUUGGUGAUGAUGAAUUGAUGAAAACUAGAAAGUAUUAUGAAAAAUUGGCGGAGGGUGAGGAAAUUUUUGAGUUGUUUUGUGAAAUUGAGAAAAGAAGGUCAAAAGGUGAAGACACUAGUGAGGAAAUUGAUCUUUCGGAAUUUGAUUGGUGCUCUGAAUUGGAUAUUGUAUCUGUCUAUAUUGAAUCAAAAUUAAUUGAUAUAUUAAAGAAGUCCAAAGAAAUUGAUUUAAGUAAACAUCAAACUAAGUUACAAGAUCAAUUUGAUAAAGAAUAUAUUUCGAAAAUUAAAAGAUUUGAUGAGUUGCUAAAUCAACUCAAGAGAGAUAAUGUUUUCAAGCAUAGUGAAAUUGUAUCACCACCAAAUACUGAAUCACUCAAAAAUAAUUUACCACCAUUAAAUAAGUUUCCAAUAGAAGAAAGAUUUGGACGUGGUAAAAAAUUAGGUGAUUAUUUGAAAGCUAACAAAUUUAAGAGUUUUGAAUUUGGCAAUGAACUUAACAAGAACAUUAAUGGAAUCAUGGCAAAACUAUCUAAGAAGUUUUAA